AUCUAACAAUCAUUCGGUAGAGAGUCCAUCGAAAAUCACUGAACCGUCCCCCAAUCAUGAAGACGUUCGUAGUGUUGUCCAUGGCUCUGGCCGUUGCCGUUGCCUCUGCCGUAGUCGAAGACGCUGGAAAGAAGGACAAACGUGGCCUCUGGGAGUUUGGAGCUUAUGAAGAUCACACCCUGCAGCUGGACAACCAUUAUCAACACCAGCAGUACGAUAACCAGUACUACGACCACCAUCAGAAUCAUGAAGCCAUCAAGAAGGUCACCAUCACCAAGAAAGUCCCAGUUCCAUAUCCAGUGGAGGUCGAGAAGCAUGUGGCCGUCCCAGUGAAGGUUCCCUAUCCAGUUGAGGUUGAAAAGAAGGUCCCGGUGAUCGUUGAGAAGAAGAUCCCUUAUGUCGUCGAAAAGAAGGUUCCAUACCACGUUGAUCGUCCAGUUCCAUACCCAGUUGAGGUCAAGGUCCCAGUGGUUCACAAGGAGUACGUCGAAGUGCCAAAACCAUAUGCCGUCCAUGUCGAGAAACCAGUUCCAGUCUACGUUCAGAAGCCAGUUUACGUCGAGAAACACGUCCCAGUGACCAUCAAGGUCAAGGAACAUCAUCACGAGAAGAAGCACUGGGGACUUUUCUAAGAAAACCAAACGGAUUUGAACAAUUUCUUCCAUCCAAGAAGGCACUGUACAUAGGCAGAAUGAGACUGAGAAUUGCUUCAUAAAAUUGUUAUGUCAAUAUGCACCGUAUU